AUGAGUUGCAAUACCGCUGCUGCUGCUGUUUUACCACCUGCCAAUGGUAAGAAGUUAUGGAGAGUUAAGAGAUCGGUAUCGUCGUCGUCGUCGUCGCAUUCAUCAAACUCAACUCAAUCACAAACCUCAGUCGAAUGUCUCAAUAACUCAUUGAAAAUUGCUGCUGCUGCUUCUAAAUUUUCCAUUAGGAGGCCACCAAUGAGAAGACCCAAGAACAAACCAGGUAAGCCAAAAGAUUUUGUGUUUGUUGACUUGUCUCCAGUAAAGAGUGAUGAGGAAGAGGUUCAUGAACAUACACAUAUGUUAGAAACUGAAGCUAUUGCCGGUGUCAAAAACUAUACUCCACCAUCAUCUGCUGUUGCUGCUUCUGCUGCUGCUGGUAACACAACUUUCACUCCACCAACUCCAUUCAAUGAACAAUUGCCAUCACCAACAGUGUCGGUCGAAGAAUCAAUCUUUGAUUUACCUGCCUUGAAUGAAUAUGAUGAAUAUGAUGCUUCACAUGUUGGUGAAACCACCCCAACAGAAGAAUUAGGUUUGGGAAUCAUGAACUUGGAUGUUGACUGGAAUCAACCACAACCAAUACAACAACAACAACUACAACAAGCACCACAACAGAUGGCACCACCACCUCCACCACCAGUUCCACAAAUGUCCCAGGAGUACAUCUCCCAUCAAUUGUAUGGUUAUCAACAAGCAAUGUUACAACAACAUCUCCAAAUCCAACAAUUGCAACAACAAUUGUUUGAACAACAACAAAGAGCCAUUGAAUCACAAAUAAUAUCAGCAACUUCAACUCCAGCUUUAUCACAACAACCCCAAUUUCAACUACAAUCACCAUUGAAAGAGCCAUCCGUAACACAACAUCAACAACAAGGACCAUCAUCAUUGCCGGUUAAAAAGUCAAGAAAAACUGCCGGUCAGUUGCAAUUCAAGACUUACCAGCCAAAACCAAAACACCAAAGAUCAGCAUCUGAAGCCUGUAUAAAGAAACCAGUCAGAAAACCACACUACAGAUCCAACAGUGUUCCAUUCACACCUGUUCAACCACAACCACAACAACAACAACAACAAUACAGUGCUUUGCCAAUGCACUCUGCUGAUUCAUCAUGCUCAGAUGUAAGUUUGGACGACUUUAUGAUGCUCAAUGAUCAAAUCGCCAUGAACUUGAAUUUGAACUUGAACAUGAACCAAAAUCAAGAAGAGCAAGUACAUUCUUCAUUUACUCCGGUAUCUGAAUACUCGGAAACCAGUGAAGAAUGUGGCAAUGCUGGUGCUAGUAAACCUAGUGGAAUUACAGCUUGUGGGUUUGAAGAGUUGUUUAUGCAAACUUAUUCAAAUGUCACUGUCAAAGAUACUAAUAAUGAAUUUGAUUUGGGUUCUUUUGUGAUUUAA